AUGGUUGGAAUAUUACUACCAUCAGCAAAGGAUCUAUCCAAACAAAGCUAUUAUCAAACAAAAUCACAUUCUAAUAUCUCUUAUAUCACACUCAAAGAAGAAGAACAGUCAUCCGUUCAGAAUCUCUCGCCACCUGUUGACGUUUCUAUACCACAACUUGACUCAUCAUCCAAACCCAAAAAAUAUUAUGGCAUUACUUUGGGACAAUUAUGUGGAUGUUUAAUUAUUUUAGUUGUUAUUGGUCUCUCAACGGCCAUUCCGAUAGUUGCCAUGCUCAAUAUAAGCCACAAUAAUCAAUCAACACGUGAAUAG